UUGGUAGACUGUAUGUGAACAAUAUAGGAGGAGUUAAAGGCCAAAAAUAACACCUCACUUUGCUCUGCGUUCUCCGUCAGAAACGUUCACCGGUUAUCUAAUAGUGAAUGAGGUGUCGAGUACAUUUUUCGAGAUCCUGUUGGGUCGAGACGCAAUCAUUCGCUAUAGAACGGAAACCCUUUAACGUUAAACAGAAGCUUUAACACUUGCCAUGCCAGGACAAGAAACGAGGGUUAACAUUAACUGCGGAGAGCACCAUGACUGAUGCGUCUGCAGAAAGGAUCUUUCACAUCAGUGGCUCGUCAUCCUCUUGCUGGGAGGCUUGCAGAUAACCGGUUAAUGUAACAUGAGGACCAGUGAGAAAUUAGAUCUCAUCUAGGUUGAUACAGAAUGGCAGAGAAAAUGAACCGAGUCAACAGAUACUUCAUCAUUUAUUUAGUGUCCGCGAUCAGUUUCUAUUGCACGGAGACUUUAAAUGUCUCGGCAGUGGAUGAAGACGGCGCCAAGAACUCGACCAUGUCAGAUAGUGGCACAGUUCCUAUGGUUCUUACCAAAAUGAGCCAGAUCAUAGCCCGGGAGGGGAGCUGUGCUUUAAUUGAAUGCAAUAUUACUGGUGACCCUUUUCCAAAUGUCCAUUGGUUCAACUCGCAUGGGCAUCUGCUUGACACAACGAACAGUGAUGGUAAAUGGUGGAUUCUGGACAAUGGCAUGCUGAACAUCACCGGCAUCACUUUUGCAGACCGAGGUAAAUACACUUGUAUGGCGUCCAAUGAGUAUGGCACAGCUAACUGCACAGUGACACUUCGCGUUGUCUUCACCAAAGGCGAUAUGGGUGUCUACUAUAUGGUGGUGUGUCUGGUGACGUUUACAAUCAUAAUGAUAUUAAACAUUACUCGACUUUGCAUGAUGAGCAGCCAUCUUAAGAAAACAGAGAAGGCCAUCAAUGAGUUUUUCCGUACGGAAGGUGCGGAAAAGCUUCAGAAGGCUUUUGAGAUCGCAAAGCGUAUUCCCAUUAUAACCUCGGCAAAAACACUGGAACUGGCCAAGGUCACACAAUUCAAGACCAUGGAGUUUGCACGUUAUAUUGAGGAACUGGCCCGUAGCAUUCCGCUUCCACCGCUAAUCAUGAACUGUCGCACAUUUAUGGAGGAGAUUCUUGAGGUUGUUGGGGUUGAGGAAAUGAGACACACCUUCGUUCGACAGGCACCUGAGAUUCAUGAAGGUGAUGGUGUCAGCGGGGUGCCAGCUGGAACCUCAGAUGACGUUUUCACCAUCUUGCAAGAGCGAGAGCGAGCUAGAGAGAGGGAAAGGAGCGAGUCACCUACUGUGGAUUCGGAUGACGCAUCGCUUCAUGAGCAGCCUCAACACAUAGCCAUACAGGUGUCAGUUCAUCCACCAUUAACUGCAGCAGGAUGCUGCAAUGAGGAAGCUCCGCCUCUUUCUGAAAUGGCCACUUCUCCCUUGUUGGCUCCACUGUCUUUGGGGGUGGAGUCUGAUGAGACGGAAAAGGUAGAGUCGGAACAAGGCGGUGGUGCUACACCCAAAACCCAAGUCAUCUAUGAAAGCCAUGUGUAAUAAUCUAAAAAUGAGAUAAUGACCUCGCUAUGCAUUUUUUGGGCGGAAAUAAAAGGUCAAGGUUUUUUUUGUUCUACAAUGGACAUUUUUUUCUUUUGUUAGAAAAAGAAAAGAAUAACUUCUAAGAUAAGAAACAUCUAUUAUGCUUUAAGUUCUGUUUCAAUGACAAGGGAUGGGUGAAUCUCAUGUAGAAAUGUCCUUCAUAUUUGACCCCAUAUUUCAUGAUUUUUAGAGAACUCUAAAAUAAAUCAGCUUUGGUACAACAAAUACUAUCAUUAUGUGUAUAUUUAAAUGUACCUCGUAAAUGUUACUGUAUGGAGAGUAAUUUUUGUGCACAUUUAAAAUGGGGAUUUAAAUGUAUAAAUGGGGAAUUAAGUGUGCUUAAUUGUUAUUAAAAUGUCCAAUGCAAAUAAUCUUUGUUUAAGCUUUGAAUUGUUUAUGCAAUUUUUUUUUCUCUUGGGGGGAUAUGACCUAGACAUUUCUGUAAUUUUUUUAAUCGAUUGUAUACAAAUAUUCACGCUGAAUGUAUUUUGGGGCGAAAUGCUGUAUUUAUUUAGAAAAUGUUUCCCAGAAUUUAUUUGGCAUAGUAAGUGAAUGAAAACUAUGGCUGUAAUGGUAUACAAAACGCAUUGUCUUAAUAUGACAAAAGAAUUAGUUCUGAUGGAUCUAGGUCCACAUUACUGUAUUUAUUUCAUAAUCGAGAUGAAAUGACUGAUUCUAUACCGGCUGAAAAUCUUUUGUUAUACAGUUAGUUGAGUUUAUCAUUCAAUACAGGUCAAACUUUUUAUAUCUCAGAUGGGAGGUGCAGUUCGAACUUAAGAAUUUUUUAAAGAUGUUCCUUCUAAAAUGCAUGAAAAAUGCUUGUUGACUGGUUUUCAUGCUGGAUUUGGAGAGUUUUGGAGAAAUUUGUCCUGUAGCUCAGUGGUUAGAGUAUGGCGCUAGCAACGCCAAGGUCAUGGGUUCGAACCCAGGGAUUGCACAUACUAUACAUUGCAUUAUACUAUACAUGUUUGCAAUGUCUGCCAAAUGCAUAAAUGUAAAUGGAUUUGGAGAGGCAAAAAAAACAUGUGAGAUCCCGAUUCUGUUGUUGGCUGUCACAAUGGCCAGGUAAAUAACGCAUUAACACUUUAUAUUGUGGUUUCAGUAUUCUUUAACAUUUUUCAGUUUGAGAUUUUGAGUGUUUAUUUAGUUAAGAUUUUAUUUCCUUAUAUUGUUAGUAAUUAAAUAAUAGUAUUAUUAUUUUAACUAGGAAUGUAGUAUUUCUUUAAAAUAAAUUUGCAUAUGGUUUCAUCGUUUUCCUUUAUCUCUGUUUUUUAUGAAUAAACUGUUGCAAGUAUGUGUUUUUAAAAUUGAGUUCUCAGAUUUUACUGACGAGAAGCCAAUAUUAAAUUCAGUUCACUGAUUUUAAACAAGGCACACCUAUUAGUUCUAAGAUAUAGAUAACAAGAUAACCAUGAAAGUUUCUGAAUGAUCUAUUUUUUAAAUCCAGAGCACCACUUUACUGGUAAUGCUAGCUAUACAGGUUAAGAGCUAAUUUCCUGGUCAGCGUUGUGAGGAGUGAAGGCCAGUGUGCUUUUUCAGAAUGAUGUUGUUCUUUAGUAUAAUAAAAAAAGCUUGUACCCAUG